AUGCCUGCUCCACGAGUUAUUGUGGUCGGUGGUGGCCUUUCUGGCUUGAGCGCAGCUCACACAGUCUACUUGAACGGUGGCAACGUGCUGCUGCUUGACAAGAACACCUUCUUUGGUGGCAACUCGACAAAAGCCACAUCCGGUAUCAAUGGUGCUCUGACCAGAGCUCAGGUAGACCUCAAGAUCCAGGACAGCGUCAAGCAAUUCUACGAGGAUACCCUCAAAUCCGCCAGAGAUAAGGCCAGGCCCGAUCUUAUUAGAGUCCUCACAUACCAGUCCGCUUCGGCCGUCGAAUGGCUGCAAGAUGUCUUCAACCUAGAUCUCACCCUUGUCUCACGCUUGGGUGGUCACUCUUUCCCACGAACACACAGAGGUCACGAUGCCAAGUUCCCUGGUAUGGCCAUCACAUACGCACUGAUGCAGAGGCUGGAACAAUUGGUCGAGACUGACCCAGAAAGAAUACAAGUUAUCAAGAAGGCCAAGGUUUUGUCCUUGAACAAAGACGGCAACAAGGUCACUGGUGUCACCUAUGAAUUCGGUGGCGAGAAACAUUCCAUCGACGGUGUCGUCGUUCUGGCCACCGGUGGCUAUGCUGCUGAUUUCGGCGAGGACUCUCUCCUCAAGAAGUGGCGACCAGACACAUUCGACCUUUCCUCCACAAACGGUGCUCAUGCUACUGGUGAUGGUCACAAGAUGUUGAUGGCUAUUGGCGCAAACGACAUCGAUAUGGACAAGGUCCAAGUUCACCCAACAGGUCUCGUUGACCCCAAAGACCCAGGCUCAAAAUGGAAGUUCUUGGCCGCUGAGGCUCUCCGCGGUGAAGGUGGUAUCCUGCUCAACAACGAAGGCAAGCGCUUCUGUGACGAUCUCGGCCAUAGAGAUUACGUCUCCGGGAAGAUGUGGGAGGAGAAGGAGAAGGGCAAAUGGCCCAUUAGACUUGUGCUGAAUUCUAAAGCCUCCAACGUACUCGAUUUCCACACCCGCCACUACUCCGGCCGAGGUCUCAUGAAGAAGAUGACCGGCGAGGAGCUCGCCAAGGACAUGGGUAUCAGCGCAGAAGAGCUUCAGAAGAACUUCCAGACUUACAACGACACUUAUGAAGGCAAGAUCAAGGAUCCUUGGGGUAAGAAGUACUACCAUAACAUGCCAGUUAAUGUUGACGACACUUUCCACGUCGCCAUUAUGGAGCCCGUACUGCACUUCACCAUGGGUGGCAUCGAGAUCAACGACAAAGCCCAAGUCCUCAAUAGCGAGCAGAAGCCUUUCGAGUCUCUUUUCGCCUGCGGUGAACUUGCUGGUGGUGUGCACGGCGCAAACCGAUUGGGUGGUUCCUCCCUGCUAGGCUGCGUCGUCUACGGGCGUGUCGCUGGUGCCUCAGCAUCACAGUAUCUGUUCCAAGAACUUACAAGAGGUGGCAUCACUGGUGCUGCACAACGUCUUGGUCAAAUAUCGCUCCAUAUCGACCCAAACCAGCCAGGCAAGGUAUCCGUGGAAUGGAACACAGGUGCUGAUGGUUCAGCCAACGCCACUGCUGGCGACGACGUAACAUCUCGACAAGCACAGCGCUCAGCCGCCCCAGUCAUGGACGGCAACAAGAACCAGGAUCCUGCCAAGAAGAAGGACCAUCCAGAACCUGCCGAUUUCAAGAUCCCAGAAAAGGAGUUCACCCUCGAGGAGGUCGCCAAGCACAACAAGAAGGACGAUCUAUGGAUCGCAGUCAAGGGUAUCGUCCUGGACGUAACUAACUGGCUCGAUGAGCAUCCAGGUGGCCCACAAGCUCUCUUCUCACACAUGGGCAGAGACGCCUCUGAGGAAUUCGAGAUGCUCCACGACGACGAAGUCAUCCCCAAAUAUGCUCCAGAUAUCGUCAUUGGCAAGGUCAAGGGCCAAGAGGUCACCCUGCAAUACUAG